UAGGGUCAAUUUGGGGAUAACACUGCAAUUGUCCAAACUUGUCUAUUCACAUUUAGUGCAAAUAGUUAUGAAUUUCUUUUGUAAAUUGAUGAGCGUGAGAGAGAAUAUUGCAAGGGGACAAGGAUUGUUUCACUGAGUCACUGGGUGUGGCUUGUGUGCGUCGACCAUGGCAGCUGAUACGCAGAGCGGUGGGAUGUUGUCGAGAGAACAGCUUUUGCAUCUUUCCGAGCGUUUCUCGUUCCUUACUUCCCAACCUGACGUAAAGAAAAGGAUUUCAGACGCUGUACAGGAUAAUCAGGAAGCUGUUGCUGUGACCACUGCGAUACAGGAAGAGAUAUUUUUGGAGAUGGGUGUUGAUCCAAGUUUUGGUAUUUCAUGCCUGGGAAAGAUCAGCACUGAAUAUGAGAAUGACCGAGAUUUGGUGAUUCAAUUUUAUAAAUUCCUCGCAAAAGAAGAGAUGGCCUGUGAUGAAGCUGAGCUUGGAGAAGAAGAAUUUGCAGAAAAAAUGCGCUAUCAACAAAAGUUACAAGAUCAGCAAUUAGAGAUGCUGAAGCACAUGCGCAAGUUUCACUUGGAUGAUCAAUCUGCCAUACUUGAGAAGUUACACCAGCAGAUGGAAAAUGACAAUUAUGAAAGCGAGGCAGCCUGUUUGUCUUCUGAGCAGAUCGAAGAGAUUGUUCCAAGGAAGGUGUCCCCUCUGUUCAUGCCAAGGUUGAGACCGUUCCCCGGUGCUGAGAAUUAUUGUUCCGGUGAAUAAGAACUUGAUGAAUAGAGGGUUCCAGAUAGAUCCAAUGUGCCCUUGAUAUGGCGAGAAGAAAAAAACCAUUACUCAUGCUCUGCUCUCUUGUCUAGUGGCUUAGCUGAUACAUGGUUGCUUCACCUCUUUGUUUACACAUUGACAUAUCUGAGCCUUUCCUUCAUCAAUGCAACAAUGUAAGAGAGGCUGUAACAAUAAUGUUCAAUAAGUUGGGCAAAUUGGACCAGCAGAAACAGUUGAGUAUCUAACACAAACCACCACACCCUCCCAAACAAGGUAUAAUUUAUUUAGAUUCAAUCUAUUUGGACAAAAUCAUGUAUGCUACACUACCUGGAGUCGUGUGGUGGUAGUUGUUUACUUCAUUCCUUAACCACC